GCCUGGAUAUAAUUACAUAUGAGGUCUCAGAAGAAUCUCAGGAACCGAACCUAUCUCGUGUGUUUCUUGUUUUUCACUACCUCUCUAUACAAUGGCUGCUUUCACCUGUACUUAUUGUCCGCUGAUUUGUCUCCGGUCAGAGAUGAGGAUCGCAUCGGUUUCAUUCUCUACGCGACAGAUUUUCUCAGUGGGAGGAUUGAGAACUCGCGUCUCUCUAUCAUCGGUCUCAAAGAACUCUAGAGUUUCUCGAUUUCGACGAGGAGGAAUCAUCUGUGAAGCUCAGGACACUACUACAGGGAUUCCAAUGGUGAACGAUUCAACAUGGGAGUCUCUAGUACUCAAGGCUGAUGAGCCUGUUGUUGUGGACUUUUGGGCACCAUGGUGUGGACCCUGCAAAAUGAUUGAUCCCAUUGUCAAUGAACUAGCACAGCAGUACACCGGAAAAAUCAAAUUCUUCAAACUAAACACAGAUGACUCUCCUGCUACCCCCGGAAAGUACGGUGUUAGAAGCAUCCCUACCAUCAUGAUCUUUGUUAAGGGAGAGAAGAAGGAUACAAUCAUCGGUGCAGUGCCUAAAACCACAUUAGCUACAAGCAUUGAUAAAUUCUUGCAGUGAAGCAUGUGGAUAUCUCUCUUUUCUUCUCUAUAUGUCUUUGGACUUAACUUAUCUACUACUCCUACUCAUCUAGACAUGUAUAAUAUAAUAAUAUAAUGUCGGUUUUCAGAAAUCGAGUUUAUGAUACACGUUUUCAUUUAUUAAUGGAGUCAAUGAACAAAUCCUAUUAUUUAAUUUCCU